GUCCAUGUUGAAAGAGCAAUCCGCUGGAUAGGAUAUCGCAUGCAGUGGCAAAGGAUCAUCGAUGCCAAAGCAGUGAUGGGCAUCACCAGAUCACGUUGGUUAGCAGUGGCAGUUCGUGCCCACUCACAUGUGAAUACAGCACCGUUUCCACCGUGGGUUUUUCCACAAGACCACAAGAUUGAUCAUGCCCAGUUUUUGCUGCCGUGGAACCAGAAGACUCUCGAUGCAUUGGCCAUCACAGAUGAGAUUUGCCGGGUUGCAUCCGAUCCCAGAAAGGCAGGUAGAACCAUCUUGGCCAAAAGCCCAGAACAGGUCAUGCAACAACGACUGUAUGACACCAACAUGAUUUUGCCACCUUUCAUGGCCAGGUACGGCAGCCAGCAUGAGCUCUCAGACACUCAUUUGAAUGAUCAUUCAUACUAUGGUUUUUUCCUUGCGCAACCACAGCUCAAGCACGGAGGAAGACUUUUUCACCCUGCGGAAAUUGGUUUGUUGCAUGGAGCAUUUGAUUGGAUGUUUGUGGAUGAUGACUUGCACCACUCGUGGUUGGUUAUGGGUAACAGCAUCCUGCCAUUUCAUGCCCUCAUUCCAUUGAUGCAUGUAAUCAAUGCUUUCCUACCCACGAAGAUUCUGCCCAACCAAGUGCUUGACCAAUUCAUCAAGUACAGAUUGAGCACAUCAACGAUUCAGGUCACUUCGAUGAAUGGAGGUGCAUUGUACACAAAUGAAGACCACAUGCCUGAUGGACCAUUCCUUGAGAGCGCCCAGUCACUAGCUGGAUUUGUCCAUGCAAUGGACCCACUUGCAGUGUGGUUGCCGCGGGUUGGUGUGGCCAGCCUGAAGCAAUGCACAGGCAUGUCCAAGCAGCCGCAACCAGAAGUCUCACAGCCGGCUAGUGUCAUCUCAGUUCCGUCAUCCAUUGAACCCACAGUACCUUUUGCAGUGGUCUUGCAAGCAGUCAUCACAGCAGAUGCAUUCGAGCAGAGUAUCAUGCUGCAGUUCCUGCCACAGAGAACUCAUGGAGUGAUUCCACCGAAAGCUUUUGACAUUGCGAUGUCAGUGCUGGCCUUCCGUAGUCUGCUGUCUGCUGUAUUGAAAGCAUACGAGGGUGGAGGUGGUAACACAGGUGCCAAACAUCAGAAUCGCAUGAUGCAACAAUCAGCACUUGCCAGCUAUCUCCUUGAACAAGGCUAUGAAUUGUCAUGGGUCACCAGCACAGUUGACACGCUAUGCAACCGUUUUGGGUUGGCCAAACUCCAACAUGUCACUGCCAUGCCAGUAGGAUCCCAAAAAAUGACGGCGCUCCUUGCGUUGCUCAAAGAAGCGUCCAUUGCUGUUCCAGCCCUGCCAACACCGCAGACUAGGAAGCAAGCCCAAGGGAUGCCUUGGCAGAAGCCCAAAAAGCAUAAAGGGGAUUCCAUGAUUGAUCCCUCUGAGUAUUCGUUUAUCCCAGGUUUUUUCCAGAACCAAGACACAUCACCCUGCGCGCAGCUGGACACCAUCCGACCACAAGCAACAGGCGUCGCCAUUGCCAGCCCAGCUCAAUCAGCAACUUGGCUCACAGCCCAAGAAAAAAUCUCCAGUGAUGAAUUGGCCCUGCUCAUCGUAGGAAAGCCUCCUGCAACCACCAUGCAGGGUGUUGAAAUCACAGUGCCGUGCCACAACCGAGAUGGACAGAUGGUUUUACUACAUUGCCACUUGUUCCAAUUGGGUACCAAAGAUGUUACCUUCCAGCAAGGUGACCCUCACAUGGUGAUGGCAGAUAAGUGUGCCCUGGUCGCGUUGACCUUGUAUAAAACGGACUUCACUGGAGAACAUUGGACAGAUGCCUUGCAGCGAACAGUCCCUUUCAUCCGUCAGAUUCUGGACAAAGAAGGUCUGGGUGAACAUGUCCUCAGUAUCUGGGGAAGAUCCUUUCGAAAUGAACGAGCAGCCUGCUCCCCCUUACAAGCACUGACCCUUCAGGUUCACUGUUCGGUGUUGGAGGACAAGCUUCCGAAACUUCUGGCCAAAUCAGGUUUCAACAAGCUUUACUGCACACCCAAAACUGCCGAUGGUCGCUUGGACACCACCUAUCGGGUGCUCUGGCUUGCUGACUCUGGUCAAGCUGCUGUAUACAGUGCCAAAGUUGCGAACUCACUGGGAUUGGUCAAAGGGAAGAAGACCUUGGGUCUGCGCUUCCGAGCAAGUGAUUUUGAUUCAGCAUGGGCCGUUCUUUGUCCGGGGCAACCAAUGCCUGGCCAGAAAGCAGGUGAGUUGGUGUUCAGGGUUGAUGGAUUACCCUUUGGGGUCACCACAACAAUGAUUGAUACCUGGGCCCAGAAGAUCAAGUGGAAUUGCCAGGCUGUCCGAGCCUUAGGGCCGCAAGCUAUGCUGGUACGCUCUGAUGAGCAGCCUCCGCCAGGGGUGGUCAUGUUCAACACCCAGGCUGUCCUGAUACGACAUUUGCCUCCACGAACACGCCAAAAUGCACCGCUCAUGGUAGGACCAAGAUCUGCAAAGCCAAAAGAUGCCACCAAGGACCACAAUCCAGAUCCAUGGGCAGCAUGGCAGGGUCCACGUCUGCAGGCACCACCCGGACCUGCUGCAGGAAACCGAUCGAUCGAUGGCCCAACAGAAACACGCCUUGCAGCCCAAGAUCAGAAACUCCAGCACAUUGAAAAGCAACUCCAGACACUUGCAGCCAGCAGUGAGCAAUUUGCAAAGCAGACGGAGGAACGUUUUGCGGCCGCAGAAGAGAGAGAACAGAGACAAUCCAAACAAGUUGCCGCGUCCAUGGAGGCCAUUCGACAAGAUCUGGAUAGAUCGUUGCACGCAGCAUUCCAUAAGAGCACACAGGCCAUGGACGAACGCAUGGCGGAAUUGAAGCAUCUGUUGAUUUCCACCAAAUGUCCACCUCCGGACAAUAUGGAGCCUUGUGCAGCAGUGGACAAGCUCUUGGCGAUUUUGACAAGCUUUGGAAACCUAGGCCCAGAGGACAUGAUAUUGACAUGGGGUAUCACCAACCCCACCACCAUUGUGUCCAAGUCUCAGCGCUAUGAAGCCUUAAUCCAAGAACACAACCUGGAUCUUUUCAGUGCUAGUGAAACUGUAGUGGAAUGUGCAGUGGACAUUGCGUACCGUAGGACUCAGGUUCAAAAUGGCACACCAUGGACCGCCACCCAGGCAAAGAUCAAACAGGUUCGUAGAGUGAAAGCACUGUAUCAUCGCCUCUGUGCUGCCCAGAAUACCAAUCACUACAGUAAAUGGAAUGAACUACACCAGGAAUGGCAAGCCAUCCUUCGAUCCAAAGCUUUUGGGAAAUCCUUUGUGCAAUGGUGCCAGAACAUGCCUGAAUUGGGACCAGCCCCUUUGGCAGUUCCCUCCGCUGAGUAUUUACAUGUCAUGUUGCAACUGCUCCAACACUUGACAGACAUCGAGAUUGCCUUUGACGCCAAGUUGCAGAAAGACCGACAGGCCCACGCAAGACAUCUCGACCGGACAUACCGGGGACAUGCCACGGCCUAUGCCAGGAUCAAAGAACAGACCAUGCCACCGGUGUCACAGAUGAAAAGCCAAAUCACAGAAGAGGCUGUGGUUGUCCCGCAGCCUGACGGUCAACUGCUUGCCUUCUGCGAUAAUCCCAAGCAAUUUGACAUGGCAGCCACGGGGGAACAGCUCCAGCUGGCCCAGGAGCUCUCCCUGGGCUUCCAGACAGCCGAGCUUUGGAGACGGACUGGAACAUUUCCCGUCUCACUGGGACGCCUGGCCAUGGCUAGGCUGCAAGGGCCACAGACCAUACACCGGGCUGAGCUCAUGGCGGUUGUUAAGGCACACCAGGAGCCCACACUGGCACACACAGCACUUGAAGUUUAUGACAUUUUGGGUAACCGACAAGCAGAUGAGAUGGCAGUGGCCACCUGCAAAAGUUUCCAACCGGAAGUUGCUCAAUUAUGUCAAGACAUGUACAUGGAUGUUCAAUGCGAUAAACUGUAUUUGCGCUCUUUCCUUGCGUAUCUCUUGGAUUUACGUCGACAUUUUGCUUUGCUGCAAGCAGAUAAAACAGAACUCACAGUUCAUGCGGAUCUUCGCGCCAACACCGCACCUGAACCGAGAGACAUUCUUGCAAACUGGCAGGUGCCCUACCCACGGGCUGCUUAUGAUGUUGGUGUAACAUUCCUACAGUAUUCCGCUUGGGGACGCCCCUUCGCAGAUAUGGUGUUGCAAUGGAUGAGACAAGUGGAAUGGCCUGACACAGAAGAAGUUGACGAAAAAGACCCAGGGAUUAGCUGGAUUGAACUGGUUACUUCUUUUGUUUUGUGGUCGAAAAUCAUGCCACCCUUGAAGAGGAAAGACCUGGCAGGCACGGAUUUUCUCCAGUGCAUAGACAGCUUGGAGCAAGACUGCCAGCUCAUCACGCUGGAUCGUGCACAUCUGGGUGGGAGCUGGACGCAGGCGUUGAAGCAAGUGGCCAAGGGCUACGCAAUG